UUGUAUUACAAUGCAGAGUUCAAGAAACAAGGGAAUCGAAACAUGAAAGCUCAAGAAAUACAUCAACCGCAGAUAAACGGUGAAUGGCAUGAACACGCCGUUAAAGACCCAGAAGAAAUAGCAGCACUGGUCGAUAUGAGCAUACGUAACAGUACGUAUCGUAGAAAGCUAGGGUUCUUCUCCUCUUGCGAAACUGGAAACCCAAUCGAUGAUUGUUGGCGAUGCGAUAAAAAAUGGCAUCGCCGGAGAAAACGAUUAGCGGGUUGCGCGAUUGGUUUCGGACGUAACGCAGUUGGAGGCCGUGAUGGACGUUACUACAUUGUUACUGAUCCAUCUGAUCAUGAUCCGGUUAAACCAAAACCUGGUACACUCCGGUACGCUGUGAUACAAGACGAACCGCUAUGGAUCGUCUUUAAACGUGACAUGGUCAUUACUUUAAGCCAAGAACUAAUCAUGAAUAGCUUCAAAACGAUUGAUGGUCGUGGCGUGAACGUACAUAUAGCUGGUGGUGCAUGUAUCACGAUUCAGUACGUUACGAAUAUUAUCAUCCAUGGGAUUAAUAUUCACGAUUGUAAGCGAACCGGUAACGCUAUGGUUCGGAGUUCGGAGAGUCAUUAUGGUUGGAGAACUAUGGCUGAUGGUGAUGGGAUUUCGAUUUUUGGAUCGAGUCAUAUUUGGAUUGAUCAUAAUUCUCUUUCGAAUUGUGCUGAUGGAUUGAUAGAUGCAAUUAUGGGAUCUACUGCUAUUACCAUCUCUAAUAAUUAUCUCACUCACCACAAUGAGGCUAUUUUGUUGGGGCAUACCGAUUCAUACACCAGAGACAAAAUGAUGCAAGUAACCAUUGCAUACAACCAUUUUGGAGAGGGUCUUGUACAGAGAAUGCCAAGGUGCAGGCAUGGAUACUUCCAUGUUGUAAACAACGAUUACACUCACUGGGAAAUGUAUGCAAUUGGUGGAAGUGCUAACCCUACCAUUAAUAGCCAAGGAAACCGGUUCCUUGCCCCGGGAAACCGUUUCGCGAAGGAGGUGACGAAACGGGUAGGUGCAGGGGAAGGAGAAUGGAACAAUUGGAAUUGGAGAUCCCAAGGAGACUUAAUGCUCAAUGGUGCCUACUUUACUUCAUCUGGAGCUGGAGCUUCUGCAAAUUACGCCAGAGCCUCUAGUUUGGCUGCUAAAUCAUCUUCCCUUGUGGGUAUGCUUACCUCUAGCUCUGGUGCUUUGAAAUGCAGGAUCGCCGGUAUGUUCUCUUCCUACUGCCUAACCGAAGGCACGGGAGCACAACAUCCCAUUGCUAGCUUCAAUGCAUGAACUAAAUCGUUUUCCAUAGUAGGACUCUUUAUUCCCUUUAGAACCUCCAAAUCGAAUAUCUCUGUUGUCGUCUCCUCUAAAACCGCAAUUUCAACCAAUGAAAGCAAAUCCACAAACUCGUUCUCUCCGCUUUUUCCUGGUUUCUUCCCCAUUAAUAUCUACAAGAGAAGGAUUCCAAACGCAUAGACAGCAGUUCUUGGAUUGCAUUUCUUCAUCUUGUGGAGUUGAGGAGUUCUGUUGCUUUGUAGCCAUCAGAUUUCGCCUAUGACAUGACCUCAU